UUGUCGGUAGAGGCAGAAGGAGGAGGCCGGUUGGGAGCCUGAGGUGGCCAUCAGCUGGCUCUUCGGUGCUCGUGGGCUUCGCUCGUUCCUUGCCUCGUCUCUCCCUGGAAGGGGAGGGGGGCUUCGACGCCGAGCAGGAGCCGCCGCGGCCGUGGUGCCGCGCUUGAAGUCGCUAAGACUUCUCUCAAACUUGUGUGCUGAGGAGACUCAGAUGUUGGCCUCAGCUCUUAGGCUGAACUCAGCAGAUCAGCCCAUGAAAACUUCUGUAUUGAGACAAAGGAAAGGAUCUGUCAGAAAGCAACAUCUGUUAUCCCGGGCGUGGCAGCAAGGAAGAGGACAGGCCAUGCAGAAUGGGGGGAAGAACAAAAGUUUUCCAAAUAAUCAAAACUGGAACUCUAGCUUGUCAAGUCCCACCUUACUUUUUAAGUCUCAAACUAAUCAGAACUAUGCUGGAGCCAAGUUUAGUGAGCCGCCAUCCCCAAGUGUUCUUCCUAAACCACCAAGCCACUGGGUUCCUGUUCCCUUUAAUCCUUCUGAUAAAGAAAUAAUGACAUUUCAACUUAAAACCUUACUUAAAGUACAGGUGUAAAAUGAGCUAAACUACUGU